AUGCUUACCACCUGGGAAGAACCUAGUCAAGAAUAUCCGGUGGAAGACUGGUCCGACGCCGCAGAGUCGAAUUUAACCGAAGACUUCCAUAAAUCCGAUGAAUGGUUUCAAGAGCUCGAAGAAAAAUUGCAAAAGCCACUUGCAGACUUCCAACGUGGCAAAUUCAAGCGAGUCAAGAUUGCCAUUCUCGAUACAGGCAUACACCUUUGUCAUGACGACUUUAAAGAGGAUGAGGAGAAAGGCACAGGCAACAUUUUCGUCAAAGACUUUUUGCCCCGUGCCAGCAGAACCAUUCCGGAAGCCAACGACGAAGAUGGGCACGGGACGCACUGCGCCGGCCUUCUUCGGAGGGUCGCACCGGCGGCCGAUAUAUACGUCGCCAAGAUUGCGCAUGACAAAAAAAGCAUCGAUCAUGUAGCUGUUGCCAAGGCAAUCAACUAUGCUAUUGAUAAAGAGAAAUGGGAUGUGGACAUUAUCAGCAUAUCAUUCGGCUUUCGGGCCGACAGUAUCAUUGAGGAGACCGUCGGCGAAGCCAUUGCUAAAGCUGUCAAAAAGAAGAAACUCAUCUUCGCCGCCACUUCUAAUAAUGGCCACUCGAGCUGGCUAGCCUACCCGGCCUGGCACCCAGGCGUCAUCGCCAUCAACUCAGCCGACGCCGACGGCAAGCCCUCCGCAUUCCUCCCGCGCGACACGGCCGAUCUCGGCAUGUUCACCGCCCUCGGGGAGGCCGUCAAGUCUGCCUGGAUCCGCAGCAACGCGACGCCAGGGGAGACGUCGCCGACGCGCCGCAUGACGGGCACGUCAGUCGCCACGCCCAUCGCGGCUGGCAUCGCGGCUCUGGUCUUGCAAGCCGCGUCGAUUCCGUGUCAAAGAAAGGAGACGCGGGACGCGCUGGCUCGAUUAUACAGGCGCCUCAAAUGGGGGGCGGUCAUGCGCGACGUCCUCAAGGAGCUCUCCGUCGAGAGCGGCGGCUACAGAAAUCUGGUGCCGUGCGAUCUGGCAAGAACUGAGCUGCAAGCCUCACAGGUACUAAGGUUUCUAGAAAGGGUCGUGGCGCAAAAGUACAAAGAUGAGGGAGUGAGCGAGCCGGAGUGA